UCCUUCCUCCCCGGAAGGUCAAUGCAUAAUGAUGUAAAAAUCAUUCUAGCCGACCUGGGAAGUUGCGACAGAGCGACAGUGCGCCUAUAAUCUCUGAAGCCUUAGCUAAUUUACUGUGUAGACCUCUCAGCCAAGUUGCUGUGUUUUUUUUUUUUCGUUUAGUACGUAAAAAUGUUUUCUCAAGGUUUGGAGACGUUGCGGAUGACGGGGCCUGGAAAAGCUAUUGCCGUGCUAACAAGCGGAGGAGAUGCUCAAGGUAUGAACGCCGCUGUCCGUGCAGUCACUCGGAUGGGCAUAUAUGUAGGAGCCAAGGUUUAUCUCAUUUACGAGGGUUACCAGGGCCUGGUGGAUGGAGGAGACAAUAUCACAUUGGCCCACUGGCACAGUGUGACCAACAUCAUCCAGCUGGGAGGCACGGUGAUAGGCAGCGCUCGCUGUAAAGCCUUCACUACGCGGGAGGGCCGCGUGGCAGCUGCCUUUAACCUGGUGAAACGAGGGAUCACCAACCUCUGCGUAUGUGGAGGCGAUGGCAGCCUCACAGGGGCAAACAUCUUCCGCAACGAGUGGAGUGGCCUGCUCGCUGAACUGCUGGCAAAAGGCAGGAUCACUGCUGAAACAGCAAAGCAGUAUGGACACCUGAACAUUGUGGGCUUGGUAGGCUCCAUCGAUAAUGAUUUCUGUGGAACGGACAUGACGAUCGGUGCAGACUCGGCACUCCAUCGUAUCAUGGAGAUUGUGGAUGCCAUUACCACCACUGCUAUAAGCCAUCAGCGCACAUUUGUUCUGGAGGUGAUGGGACGGCACUGCGGAUAUCUGGCUCUGGUGACUGCACUGGCGUCUGGAGCAGACUGGCUCUUUAUUCCUGAGGCACCUCCAGAGGAAGGCUGGGAGGAGCUCAUGUGCACCCGGCUGGGAGAGAGCCGUAGUAAGGGAUCCAGGCUGAACGUCAUUAUAGUUGCUGAGGGAGCCAUCAACAAAAAGGGCGAGCAGAUCUCCUCUGGCUACAUCAAAGAUCUUGUAGUGAAGCGGUUGGGCUAUGACACCAGAGUGACUGUACUAGGCCACGUGCAGAGAGGAGGAACCCCUUCUGCCUUUGAUCGAGUGCUAAGUAGUAAAUUGGGAGUGGAAGCAGUGGUGGCCCUGAUGGAGGCAACUCCAGACACCCCCGCCUGCGUGAUUGGCCUGUCGGGCAACCAGUCGGUGCGGCUCCCCCUCAUGGAAGGAGUUGAAAUGACUAAAGAGGUACAGAGGGCCAUGAAUGAGAAAAGGUUUGAAGAGGCUAUUCAGCUCCGUGGAAGGAGCUUUGAAAACAACUGGGGCAUUUACAAGUUACUGGCAUACCAGAAGCCUGCUCAAGUCGAGAGCAACUUCUCGCUGGCCAUCUUGAAUGUCGGCGCACCGGCAGCUGGCAUGAAUGCAGCGGUGAGGUCUGCAGUCAGGGUGGGGCUGGCUGCUGGCCACAAAGUCUACACUGUUAGCGAUGGAUUCGAGGGCCUUGCCAACGGAGCUGUCAAAGAGGUGUCUUGGAAUACUGUGGCUGGUUGGACUGGCCAAGGAGGUUCAUUGUUAGGGACUAAGAGAACUCUGCCCAGUUCCUGCAUGGAAAAGUUAGUGGAAAACAUUAAUAAGUACAACAUCCAAGCACUUCUAGUAGUUGGCGGCUUUGAGGCUUAUGAAGGAAUACUGGAGUUGUUUGAAGCUAGGGGGAGCUAUAAUGAGCUGUGUAUUCCUAUGUGCAUCAUUCCUGCCACCAUCAGCAACAAUGUCCCUGGCACUGAUUUCAGCCUGGGAUCUGAUACUGCUGUCAAUGCAGCUAUGGAGAGCUGCGAUAAGAUCAAACAGUCAGCUACAGGAACAAAGAGGAGGGUGUUUGUGGUAGAGACAAUGGGAGGAUAUUGUGGAUACUUGGCAUCCACUACUGGCAUUGCAGUGGGAGCUGAUGCAGCAUAUAUCUUUGAGGAGCCAUUUAAUAUCCAUGAUCUGAAGAUGAAUGUUGAGCAUCUCACAGAGAAGAUGAAAAAGGACAUCCAGAGGGGUCUGGUGCUAAGGAAUGAAAAAUGCCAUAUGCAUUACACCACUGACUUCAUCUACAAUCUAUACUCUGCUGAGGGAAAAGGCAUCUUUGACUGUCGAGUCAAUGUUCUAGGACAUCUCCAACAGGGAGGUACCCCCUCACCUUUUGACAGAAAUUUUGGCACAAAAUUGGGUGUGAGGGCUGUGCAGUGGCUUACAGAGAGGAUGACUAGCACUUUGAGACAUGGACGUGUGUUUGCCAACUCGCCUGACACGGCUUGUGUGGUUGGCUUGAACAAGAAAGUGAUCUCUUUCAGCCCCGUGACUGAGCUAAAGGCACAGACUGACUUUGAGCACAGAAUGCCCAAAGAGCAGUGGUGGCUGAGUCUUCGACUGAUGCUCAAGAUGCUGGCCAAAUACCAGACCUCUUUCAACCAAUAUAUCACAGGAGAGAUUGAACAUGUAACACGUCAGUCUCUCAGUAUUGACACUGGGUUUUAAACAACUACACACACAACAUUAUAUGUUCAAUCUCACAGGAGACACUUGUAACAUUUUGUCUCUCAGCAGACAGAGUUUUAAACAACUACACACAUUACAAUGUACACCAGCGAUUGUAUUAAUGCAAACCAAAGUGACUGCCAUUAUACAGAAUGAGUACCAGAGCCUAAGCCUCUAAAAUGCCAUUUCAUGUCAGUAAUUUAUGCCUAAACCUGAUUGCCUGAUAUAUAAAUUAGGUUUGUUAAUAUGCUACUUUCCAUGUAUCUGUUUUUGUGCUCACCUUCCAUCGGGUAACAAUACUUCUAGCCCAUCAGUACACAUCUUUGCUACUAGACCAUGUUCUGACCAUGGGAAUAUUUUGUGCCAAAAUUAUCAAAUGUAAAAUUAUUCUUCUAUACAAAAGCCUCAGAGUAAAAUGGCAAAGAUGAGGAAGCAUUCUUCUGUGACGUACACUGGAUAAACUGAUUUAUAACAGUACACCAAGUAGGUGGUUUAACACUUCUCAUAAAUGUGCUACUUUGCGCUUAUAGUGAUCAAUCUAAAGCAACAGGUUUCAGUGUUAACCUUCUGCCUUGCCAUUCUAUUUUUUCACAUAUGUAACUACUCAUAAGCAUGACCUCAAUACAUAAUAUUGUGAACAUUUAUUUUAUCAUGGUUACCUGUAUUGAUGUCGUGACAUUAUUUUCAACAAACUGUUAUGCUUGAUAUGCUAUUUUAACAAAAAAGCAAAUACACCUGUUAAUUUUGUUACUCUGUAUGUGUCCUUUUAAAAAAGCCUAUAUCACAGUUCUGUAUAAAGUAUUAAAAACAAGAGUCAUAAAUGUAAACUGAAUGUUAACCUAAUAUAAAUGUAAUUAAGAAAUUCA